AUGGCCGCCUCGGCGCUCCUGAAGAGUAGAUGCAGAAGGGCGAGCUACCUGAAUAAAUUGGCAAAGGCUGAAGACCUCAUCGACUUGUUCCCUCACAACUCAUACAUCGGCUGGUCAGGCUUUACUGGCGUGGGAUAUCCCAAAAAAGUACCAACCGCUCUCGCCGACUAUGUCGAGCAAAACGGCCUGCAGGGCAAGCUGAAGUACAACCUCUUCGUGGGCGCCUCGUCCGGCGCAGAGACGGAGAACCGAUGGGCCCGACUCAACAUGAUCGAGCGCCGCGCGCCGCACCAGGUCGGCAAGGAGAUCGCAAAGGGCAUCAACAACGGCAACAUCAAGUUCUUCGACAAGCAUCUCAGCAUGUUCCCCGUCGACCUGAUGUACGGCUUCUACACCAAGCACAAGGCCAACAAUCGCCUGGACGUCGCCAUCAUUGAGGCCUCUGCCAUCACCGAGGACGGGGGCAUUAUUCCGGGCGCCAGUGUGGGCGCGUCUCCUGAGAUCAUUCAGAUGGCGGACAAGAUCAUCAUCGAACUCAACACUGCUGUACCCAGCUUCGAAGGUCUACACGACAUUACAAUGACUGACCUCCCCCCACGGAGAAAGGCAAGUUCCAACGACCCCUUCGCACCACAUCUUCCCAGCUGA